GGAACCCGAGAUGGUGAGCACCACGGUGGACAACGCCCCUGCUUUUUACAAUUACGAGACAAGUACAAACAAGAAUUGGUGGAAGAUACCCGCUUGACCAAAGCCGCCGAUUUAGCGGCCAAACAACAUGUGCUCUUGACCAGCGAUGCCCCCGAUGCUUGGAAACGGCCUCAACUCAAAGCCGUGAGCCGUCAAUUACGCCAUUGGACCAAAAAAGUUCGCCAACCAUUUGGGGCCCCGACCGGUGGUGUGAGCGCGACAGGGGCCGCGACCCCUGGCGACGAUGAUUUUGAGGCGGGCCCAAUGCAGGCGUGGUUCACGCAAUUGGUCAAGGUGACCCAGGGUAUAAAACAAGGGUCCACGCCUGGAGGACCCAGAAAACCACCUGUCCCGCCCAAACCAAACAUCACUCCCAGUGCCAAAAAGAAACUCAAGUUUACGCCCAAGGUGAGCAGUGCCGAGUUGUUUUCAGAGGACGUUGCCCCGAGACCUUGGGACACCCCCUCCUUAGCUGUCAAGCGCAAAAUCAGACAGAAAGCCAAAGAGGUGGCAGAAAAGAAAGCCGCAGGUCUGGCCAAGAAAGCCUUGGAUUGGAAAACGUGGAAAACC